GAUUCUCGAUGUCAAUUGAGUUCGAUAAUUGCAAAUGGUCGUUUAAUAACAGAUGAUUGAACGCAUUCUGCGGCGCGGUCUAGCAUUUAUCUGUCAAAACUGGUGACGGCCGGCCGAUCGGCGAUGAGCCGGCAUACGCGUGCCUGUUGAUUGUUUCGUGCUAAAGUUUUAGGUUAUCUACGCGAAUAUUUUAAUAAAAUACGUGUGUGUGUAUAUUUGUGCACUUAACAUUACGUUUUCCGAGUGGCAUAAACGCGUCGAUCGUAAAUAUUCUUUAAAUAAUUGCGUCCAUUAUUAUGUGAUCGUGAAUUGGGAACGAAGUACACGUAGAGAGAAAGACAAAGAGAGAGCGACAACACGAGAAGGAAAAAACAAAGGAAAAUGCAAAACAUUCGAAUCUAUGUUUUCUGUUAUCUCAUCGUGGCAAUACUUUUUCUAACGCCAUUCAAUUACGCUUCAGAUUUUCCCGCAGGAAAUGUCACAAAUCAGACGAAACAAUGCGAUACCCAAAAGAUGGAGAAUCAAUGCGAUGAAAACGAGAGAUGCUUUCAAAAUUCGAAAGGGGAAAAAGCAUAUUGCAAAUGCAAGAUAGGUUACGAUCUGGAGAAAGGCCGAUGCGUCCAGGUUACGAUUACCACGGUUGCCAGUGUAACUGAUCAACCAAACGUCACGGCCAAUUCAGCAGGUAGUUCUGUAGCCGCUGGCUUGUUAAUACCAACUUUUCUCGUAGUAAUGAGCGUAUUACUGUAUUUUGUCGCGAGGCGAUAUAAAUGGUUGCAACGAGUUCGACAGCUUCGUCCAAACCAUUAUGGUAAUGUCCUAGUCACAAGAGACGACGAUGACGAUGACGAUCCACCUAUAGCGUAAGCAGACAUCUAAUAAUAAUAAUAAUAAUAAUAAUAAUAAUAAUAAUAAUAAUAAUAACAAUAAUAAUAAUAAUAAUAAUAAUGGAAUAAUUAAUAUGUGUGCCGUGUACAAAGUGCGAAAGUUUUUAUCAUCGAAACAUGAACUUUAACACAGUUUAAAAAACGCUCAGUUACACAAUUCGCAUAAUUUUAAAGCGACACAAGCUUUGAGUUACCGCCGUUGCGCGGUAUAUAAACGGGGAUCGUCUUACGGGGAUCUCUUUUGUAACCGCAAGAAACGAAAAAAAAAAAAUAAAAAAGAAAGGAAAGAAAGGAAAAAAAAAAAUAGUUCAUGUUCAAUUUCUUCGUCACUCUUCUUGGAUGGCUUGCAAGAAAAUUUCGAUCGAUCGAUCGAUUUCGAUUAUGAUUGACGAUCGAUCAAUCAUUUAACCAACUUGUCUAUCUUUGUGCAGAUUUCGAGAAUUUUUUUCGUAGAUCGCACACGGAAAGUCUUCUCUUGAAGCUUGAUACGCUUAGGGAACAAUAUUGUGUAACUCUGUGUACAUAUAAAGAAGAGGUUUAGAUACAUGAUAUACAUAACAUAUCGUCGAACUGAAAUAAGAGGCUAAUUGUAAACGAGUGUUAGUGUAAGUAGAUGUAUUUUAUAUAAGCGAUAAGCGAAACAUUAAUCGAUCCUAUUUUUUUUUUCUUUUCUCUCUUUUUUUUCUCUCUCUCUCUCUCCUUUCUUUUCUUUUCUUUUUUUAGUCAUAGAUGAAUAUAAAUGGUGGACGAGUCUGUCUCAUUGAUCUUAUUGAUUAGCGUUAAUAAUCGCAACGGUUAAAUUAAUAUUUAUACUCCUCUUCGAAAUUUUCUCCUAUCCAAAUAAUUUUUUUCUAGAAAGAAGCAAUAAAAAAAAACGAAUGCAGUAUGAAAGUAUUACUACUUACACAAUCACCAUUUCUCAUGUUUAUGUAUGUAUGUAUGUACGAUGGUUGCGGGAUAACUGACUGCGUUUUCUCAUAGUUUUUAAGAUUAAGAUUAAUCGUAUCGAGAACAACAUAUAAUUUUUUUUUUUUUUUUUACAAUGAUAUUAAAAAGCUGGUCAGUAAAGUUUCUUAUCUCUGUUAAUAUCUUGAUAUAAAAAUUGAUUAUCGAUCAAACAAUUUCACCACGUGUUUUUAAAAUUUAGAAUUUCGAAUUAUUCUCUCGAUGACAAUUGUAUAAUUUUUAUUAAUCGUGCAAUGAAAUUUAUCCAUGUGACGCGAUGAUCGAUAUCGAUGCGAUAUCCUAUAUUUUUUUAAGAAAUAACUCCCCCCCCUCCUUUUAUCAUUUCGAUAAAUUUGAGAAAUAAACGACGAUACAUCGAUCGGGAUCGCGUCUCGUGUAUAAAUUUAUAUAUCGUUUUCUCUUAAUGUCUUGUUUUUUUCAAGGAUAACUUUCCACAGAACAAACAAUGUAACAUUACCAAAGAGCGAAUCUCUAAAUUAAUUAACCAGUUAGGGAUAAUAAUAACUUGGAGAAUAACUUUUUCUAUCGUACCUCUAUGAAUUUAUAAAUAUAACUGUAUUGAUUAAUUAUAAAUUAAUUAUAUAAAUUAAAUUAAUUAAAUCGUCACGCGAUAAAUAAUAAUAAUAAUACGUAUUUCCAAUACGUACCGUAUCUCCCAAUGCAAUAUUAUACAUGUAUUAUACGAUCAUUACACGGAAUUCGGAUUCGACGAGGGUUAUUAAAUAGGAUAUUUUUGCUCAAGAUGGAUUUAAAUUUUGUACAAAGGAGUUAACUUUUUAAAUUGCAAGACAAUUGUAGAGUAGAUAUGUUUGCACUCAUACCAAAACGGGAUCGCAUUUUCUAUCGUGCUCGGUAUUGUUUUUUGUAUAAUAUAAUGGAAAAAGAAAGAAAAAGAAAGAUAUAUUUGUAAAUAAGUUUCCGCCAUUCCGCGGCGGGUGCGUAAUCUUGCCAGCCAAUCAUUCUCUCAUCCUAUAGUAUGUAAUCGUGACGCAAGAAGAAAAAUUUUACAUAUAUAAAUUAUAUAUAUAUAUAAUUCCUAUAAGAAAAAAGGAGAGCCUCCUCCAGAAAGAUGAUUGGGACGUAUGUAUUUGCGAGAUAUACAUAUACAUAUAUAUAUAUAUAUUAUUUAACCUAUUCUUGUACUCUAUCAUUUUUGUACAGAAAGCUACGCACUAGAAGAAGUUGUGUAAUCAGGGCAAUUUAAUCGGGUGCUCGAAAUAUCAUAAUUCUGAUUCGUUAGGCCGCUCGACAUCGCGAGAGGAGAUUUAAUAUUUUUAUAGUUGGCGAGUACAAAUUAAUUAAAAAAAAAAAAAAAAAAACGGUGCGACUGGUACUAGCGAGUUAUCGUUUUUUUUUAACUUUGUAUCGUGGAAAUUUUCCCGAUACAAUUGAUAGACGAAAAUAGGCACCGUUCUUCUCACUCGUUACGACACGUAAUCUAAUUAGGCUACGCUCAAGCUACAUGCAGUUUAGAACGAUUCGACUGACUGUAAUUGUUGUUGUUACCGUUUGUUUGUUUUUUUUUCUCGAUGUAUCAUAGCCAUGUUUGCGUAAAAAAAAAAAAAUAAAAAAGCACGGACAAUCCUUGAAUCGUUGAGAAACGAUCGAAAAUUAAGAAGAAGAAGAAGAAGAAGAAGAAGAAGAGGAGGAAGAAGAAGAAAAUUCUUCUCGCGUACAAGCAAUCUUGUUAAUUCAUCUUUCCGUACCUAUGUAAAGUGAUGAUUUAUUUUGCGUAGACGUGGCACCAAUCGGGUUGUAAAUUUUAUUCUGUGAUGUGAUUUCUCGUUGUUGACAUGAUCUUCUCUUGGCACAAUUCGUUAGGGAUAAUAUUUACUCGACUGCAAGAACGUGCCGUUUUUCCUGUUCUUCGACAUUGUACGUAUAUAUAUAUAUAUGUAUAUAUGUACAUAUAUAUAUAUAUAGAUAUCUGUGUGUUUAGGUACAAAAUUUAAAAGAAAAAAAUUUUUUGUUUAAAUACAACGAAAUAUUCUUUUUUGCAUUGUAAAUUGAGUAGCCAUAAUCUCUCUGGAAAAAAAAAAUUAAUCUAUUUGUGUAACAAAAUGCGUACGUGAAAACGUGUCAUCGGAUUUAUAGGCCACUUGUGACCGCAACGAAGAGUUUGUAAAUAUUUAACAUCGAAAAUAAAUAGAAAAUAAAGAAAAUAACAUUUAAA